AUGAUGGAGAGUGCUGGACUGGAAGUCCAAAGCAUGGGCAGGCACCUUGAACCUGAUGCAGACGAAGACGAAGUCUCAGCCAGCAUCGGUGGAGACGGUGCUCCUCCUGAGCAUGCUGAGCCAACAGGGGCAGGUGAUGCUUGGCCACUGCAGCCAAGCACUGGACCAGACGGACUUGCUACUCCAGAUGCCCCAUCGCUUGUGGUGGAAAAUUCCAAUGUGGCAAGUCCUGUGUCGCAGCACGAGGAAAGCUCCGCUGAACUGCGAACAGAGCUUGCGCAGCUGCGAGCGAAGCUGGAAGACGCGCACGGCCAGCUCAGACAACGUGAGCGUCAGCUUGCAGACCUCUCGAAUGUCUUGGCAGACAUGGAAGCCCGGGAAGUGGCGCGUCGGGAGCAGACCCAGACUGUACGAAGCAAGGCCACGGAGGCCGUGCGCGCCGCGGAGCGCGAGAUGCAGUCGGCCCGCCGCCGCGCUGAGCAGGCGGAGGCAAGGUCGAGAGAUGCCCAGAUGCCAAGCGAUGUUGCAUGCCGCUACGGCGUUACGCAAUCUAGGUACCAUGUCAUCUUGAUGCACUAA